AUGGGAUUUAGGAAUGGGGAUUUUGGCGUCAUGUUGACAAAUGUUCUAGAAGCAUUGGAGUGGGGAGAUAAUGACGAUUCUGACGAUGUUGCUUUGCUGGAUUGGAUUGUGGGCAGAGAAAAAGUUCAGCACUCGGACGAUAUGUUACGGCAGGAUUUACCACUUGACGCACAGGAAAACAUUUACUGGACGGGAAGCAUGGACAAAUGGCAACAACAAUAA